AUGGCUUUCUGGAGCACAUGCGGGAAGACGAGUAGCGGGGCCCCUCUGCUGAAAGGGCCCGGGACCCAGCGCAUCUCUCGGGUUCGGUGGAAAUACUUUUUGUUCUUUGUUUUUUCAAGGUUUGGCUUGAGCAACAAGUUUGACACAGAAUUUCCCUCUGUUCUGACAGGGAAGGUUGCCCCUGAAGAAUUCAAGAUCAGUAUCAGUCAUGUGAAUGCAUGUUUAAGGAAGAAUCUGCCCGUCAAUGUAAAAUGGCUUCUCUGUGGCUGUUUAUGCUGCUGCUGCACCCUCGGAUGCAGCCUCUGGCCUGCUGUCUGUCUUAACAAAAGAACUAGAAGGUCUAUUCAGAAGUUGUUAGAAUGGGAAAAUAACAGAUUAUAUCACAAGCUUGGCUUGCAUUGGAAGUUGAGUAAACGGAAAUGUGAAACUAGCAAUAUGAUGGAAUAUGUAAGUAUUUUUUUAAGUUAUCAGUAUCAGUUCCAAGAUACCGCUUUCCCUUUUCUUCUGAUUAAUUCAUCCCUGUCAG